UAACAAUCUGACAAAUGUGAAAGAAAAAGGCCUCCCACUGCCCAUACUUGUUCUGGUGACCCCCACCUCAUCCAUUGAUAGGAAAGCCCCAGAACAUUUACUAAUACAGCUCUCACGUUGCUAUCUGGGCGGUUCUCUUAGUAUUCCUCCUCACUGUGUAAAAUUCUACCAACAACAAGAAAAGAUAGCAGCGUGUUGUACAAGCCUAAAACCCCUCUGCCAACCAGCGUUUUCAAUGUGGAGAUGGAAUCCAGCUCAUCGAGCAUCAGCUUCCUUGGUCUAGGGGAGGCAGCGAGCGGGUUGGGUGACUGUGUACGGACUCGGCACUCGGCUGCUCGCGUCUGGUUCCGGGAUAGUGACAGUCUGUGGCUGAGCUCCACGUGACUUGGUGGCAGUAGCCGUGCAAGGGUGGCGGAGGGAUGCCAUCUGUUUGGCCAUGCUGCUGAAACUCCUGCAGAGACAGACCUAUACCUGCCUGUCCCACAGGUAUGGGCUGUAUCUCUGCUUUGGGGGCAUGGUGCUGAUGAUCGUCUCUGCUCUGCAGUUUGGAGAGGUGGUGCUGGAGUGGAGUCGGGAUCAGUACCAUGUUCUGUUUGAUACUUACCGGGACAACAUUGCUGGGAAAUCAUUUCAGAAAAGGCUCUGCCUCCCUAUGCCUAUUGAUGUAGUAUAUACCUGGGUAAAUGGUUCAGAUCCAGAACUUGUUAAACAGCUGCGUGAUCAACGUGACCUGAUGGAAGAAGAACAGAGGGCGUUAAGGGAUCUUCUGGGAAGCAAUAGAACUGAGCCAACAAAAAAAGGUUCUAGUGAUAAGAUGCUGGAGUGUCUUCUUACAAACUGUAUUCGGGUUCCAAUGUUGGUACUGGAUCCAUCCCUUCCUCCCAAUACUACUCUAAAGGAUCUGCAGUCUUCUCAACCUUUCUUCCAUGCAGUGAUCUCACUAUUUCAUGUUGCCAAACCCAAGAAUCCAUCAACUAAUGUCACAGUCCUUGUCUUUGACACACAGCAGGAUGCCGAAACUGCACAGCUGAAUGCUUUGUUUGAAACAAGCAAGGAGACCAUCUGGAGAGCUUAUAUGACUACAGAUAAAGAAGCCCCCGGGUUAGUGUUUCUGCACCACUUCGUUUUUCUAAGUGGAUUCCCAGCAACGUUUAAGGACACGAAUCAGCUGAAGUUAAAACUACCUGGGAGUUUAUCAUCCAAGAUUAAACAGGUGCAGCUGUACUCUGAAGCAAGUGUAGCACUUUUGCAGCUGAACAAUCCCAAAGACUUUUAUGAACUAAACAUUCAAUCAAAGAAGAACAUGACUAUAGAAGGAAAAGAGGUGACACUGAAUCCAGCUUACUUGUUAUGGGAUCUCAGUGCUGUGAGUCAGCUAAAGCAGGAUGAAGAUAUUUCUGCCAGUCGUUUUGAGGAUAAUGAAGAACUUCGCUACUCCUUGAGAUCCAUAGAAAAACAUGCUCCCUGGGUGCGUCAUGUUUUCAUCGUAACAAACGGUCAAAUACCAUCGUGGCUGAAUCUGGAUAAUCCACGAGUCACCAUCGUAACACACCAAGAAAUCUUUUUGAACACUAGUCAUUUGCCUACCUUUAGCUCUCCUGCUAUUGAAAGCCACAUUCAUCGGAUUCCUGGACUUUCUCAGAAAUUCAUAUAUAUGAACGAUGAUGUUAUGUUUGGUACACAUGUGUGGCCUGAUGAUUUUUAUAGCCAUUCAAAAGGUCAGAAGGUUUAUUUGACGUGGCCUGUUCCUAACUGUGCAGAGGGAUGUCCAGGAUCUUGGGUUAAAGAUGGUUAUUGUGACAAAGCUUGCAAUAACUCUGCAUGUGACUGGGAUGGAGGGGAUUGCCUUGGUAACACAGCAGCUGGUCGUUUUGCACCAGCCCUUGCUGGAGGAAGUAUUCUGAAUGGACAAGCCUGGCAGCCUGGAGUGGGAAUAAGUGGCACUUCCUAUUGUAAUCAAGGCUGUGCUAAUUCAUGGCUUGCUGACAAGUUCUGUGACCAAGCCUGCAAUGUGCUCAACUGUGGAUUUGACGCUGGCGAUUGUGGACAAGAUCAUCUUGGAGAAUUAUACAAGAUAAACUUUCUCCAAAACCAGACCCGUUAUGUUGUUCCUAAAGGGGAAAGUUUGCCCUACUUCAGCUUUGCUGACAUAGCUAAGAAAGCAGUGGAGGGAAGCUAUAGUGAAAACCCAAUUAUUCGCCAUGCUUCUAUUGCUAAUAAGUGGAAAACUGUUCAUCUGAUCAUGUAUUCUGGAAUGAACGCUACUGUAAUUCAUUUUAACCUCAGCUUUCAUGAUCAGAAUGACAAAGAGUUUAAAAUGCAGAUUUUUAUCGAUGUUGACACAACCGAAGAACAAAAACUUAAUAUUACACCAUCUUUACAAGAAAAGAGGGAUAUAGUAAGCACAACGCUUACCCCAGAAGCAGAAAUGCUGUUCGAGGACAUUCCUGAAGAAGACCGGUUCCCAAAGCUCAAGAAGGAGAAACAAGAUGAAGAAAUCCAUAUACCAUAUAUGAAUGUAUCUGCUCUUCCAAACAGUAUACAGCUGGCCCUACAGGAUCUUGACCUGAAGCUUAGCAAAGGUGACAUCACAUGGAAAGGGUACAACAUGUCAAAAGUGGCUUUACUUAAACAAUUUGGUAGCAUCAAGCCACAGACAGAGCAAGUUUUAUAUGCCACCAAACAGGGGAUCAAUUUAGCACACAUAUCUAAAAGCAAAAUGGUAACUGAAAACAAGGCUGUUUCCAAGAAAAUUACCUUUAAAUCAAGAGAACUAGGGCAUGAAAAUGGGAAAUCUACCACGAACAAGGAAUCCCAGCUUAAGUUCAGUGCCCUGGGCUUCAAGGUUUCCAGAUUGCCUGGAGAUGUAAUCAACCAAGAACCUGAAAUACCUAAGGAAGACAAGUUUGUUCAAGGAAGGAAACUCCAUAGUUAUCAGCCAGUUUAUGAAGGAUCCUUACCAUGGGAAAAAAGAAAGUAUUUUAAGGACCUCUUUGAUGAGAGAGAUGCUCUACUCGGUGAACUUUCUUAUAUCACCAAUGGUAAGAAAGUUGGCAGGAAACUUCAAGACACAUUUGCCGAUUCCCUCCGUCAUGUGAAUAAACUCCUUAAUGGUAAAUUUGGCUUCACGUCUCGGAAAGUUCCUGCUCACAUGCCACACAUGAUUGACCGUAUCGUUAUGCAAGAACUUCAGGAUUUGUUUCCACCAGAAUUUGACAAGACAUCAGCGCAUAAAGUGCGUCACUCAGAAGAUAUGCAGUUUGCCUUUUCCUUUUUUUACUAUCUGAUGAGUGCCAUACAGCCACUAAAUAUCUCCCAGAUAUUCUAUGAAGUUGACACUGAUGGCUCAGGAGUAUUAUCUGACAGGGAGAUUCGGACGCUAGCGACAAGAAUAAAUCAGUUGCCACUGAGUUUACAGGAUCUGACUGGAUUGGAACACAUGCUUAUCAACUGCUCCAAAACUGUACAGUUUAAUAAUACUGAGCACUUUUUUACCCCGGCAACUCAGGAAUCCUAUUAUGAUCCAAAUAUGCCGCCUGUGACCAAGCAGCUGGUAACUAAUUGUAAACCGGUAACUGAUUUGAUACGGAAAGCUUACAAGGAUAAGAAUAAAUACAGAUUUGAAAUUAUGGGAGAAGAAGACAUUGCAUUCAAGAUGAUUCGCACUAAUGUCUCCCAUGUGGUUGGUCAGUUGGAUGACAUCAGGAAAAACCCCAGGAAAUUCAUCUGCCUGAAUGAUAAUAUUAACCACAUUCACAAGGAUGCACAAACAGUUAAAGCAGUCUUAAGAGAUUUCUACGAGUCCAUGUUUCCGAUUCCCUCUCAGUUUGAGCUGCCAAGAGAAUACCGCAACCGUUUUUUACACGUGCAUGAACUGCAGGAGUGGAGAAGUUACAGAGACAAACUAAAGUUCUGGACACAUUGUGUAUUGGCCACUUUGAUUGUGUUUACGGUCAUCUCCUUUUUUGCUGAACAGUUGAUUGCACUAAAAAGAAAGCUUUUUCCCAGGAGGAGAAUGCAGCCUGAAGUUACCACAGAAAGAAGUAAAGUGUGAAACAGGACUGAUUCAAUACCAGACUACCUCAUAAGUGAAUGAAGGACAGAGUCAUAUCAGCAUCUUGUUUUAAAAGAUAAAGGACUCCGCUUAAUUCGUCAUUGAUGACUCCAAUGAUAAGUAUUCCGGCUGCUAUGAGGUGGUUUCGCUUAAGUGUUAUUUCAUGGGAAGUUCAUCCUGCAAAUUUCGCAAGAGGCAUAGGUGUGUGUGAAUGCAGAUUAUUGGUGCCACUGGAAUAUAAUCUGUGAGGAUCUAACCUAUAGGUCAGCUACUGCUUUGAACAUCUGACCUUUAAAACCAAAGGAUUAUGAAAUGACAACACAUAAAGAUGAUGUGUCAUUAAAAGUGACAGCUCGGCGUGGGCAAAUCAAACCAUAUUUUUGGUUAAAUAUUUUGCUUCCAGCACUCCUUUUUGGACUGUUUUAUGUUUUAAAUUAAUUAAAUGUGUACUGCAAUCUUCAAAACAGAUAUGGAUAUCAGAAUUGUGUGACUUAUGAAUGUAUUUCUUUUAUGUGUGUAAAUAACCAGUCAAGUGCCUAUGUACAGCUAAUUCAUGUUUUGUCCUAAUGCUGGACUAAUUGUUUUAGGGGUGUUGGGUUUGCUCUGUAAUCAAGUGUUUCUUUUUCCCUUGGAAAUGCACUACUAGUUAAGCAUAUUAUCAUUUUUGACCAUUAGAAUUUCAUAUCGGAUUAGCAA